AUUUGCUCUACUGCAGCAGAUUGUGAGGACGACAAUGAAGAGCGAAGCGCCAUGGUUUUUGGACAUCGAAUACUUUUCCGGUUUCUUGCACUCCUAGCCCUCUACACAUCCGUCCCGGCGGCUUCUUGCGCACUUGUUCCCCUUGCAGCAAACGGAAUAUCUCCCAGUCAGGCCCUACGUCCAGUUUCCCAGGAGCUUUUCAGGUCUCUAGAGGAGCUGGCACGUGUGGUUGACGUUUCUUACUGCGUUGGUAGCACCGGGCUCCAGAAGCCCUUCGAAUGUCUGAGUCACUGCAGUGAUCUAGGGGCCUUCGAACUGCUCACCACAUGGAAUACCGGACCGUUUCUUUCGGACUCUUGCGGCUACAUAGCACUCUCUCACUCGCCGUCACUUGACCGCAUUAUCGUUGCUUUCCGUGGCACCUAUUCCAUCACGAACACUAUCAUUGAUCUUUCGGCCUAUCCACAGAGCUAUGUGCCAUACCAACCACGCGAUGAGGGAAACGGGGAUGCGAUACCACAAUGUCUGAAUUGUACCGUUCAUGCAGGGUUCAUGGCCUCGUGGCAGAACACACGUUCGAUUGUACUCGACCAAGUCUCCGUCGCGAGGGAGCAACACCCCAAUCACAAAUUGGUACUGGUCGGCCACUCACUCGGCGGGGCAGUUGCUGCACUGGCUGGGGUGGAGAUGCAACUGCGAGGCUGGGAGCCAACAGUGACUACGUUUGGGCAACCGAAGGUUGGAAACAGAGGCUUUGCUGACUUUCUUGGCAAAAUAUUUGGAAUGAGCGGCCCGGCGAGGUCCCUAUCUGCGGAAGAAUGGAGCUUUCGCAGGGUUACACACAUCCAUGAUCCUGUACCCCUUCUGCCGCUGGAGGACUGGGGGUAUGAGAUGCAUGUGGGGGAAAUCUUCAUUUCUAAGGAGGAACUUCCACCAUCCAUUCACGAAGUUCAUCUGUGCGAGGGCGCUACCGACCCACGCUGCAUAUCUGGUCUGGAAGGGGCAGAGAACUUGGCGCUUAAUCCGCAUGAGGCGGCCGCUCUGGCCACGGACUCGGACGCACAUGCUGACUGGGCUCGUGCUCAUUCGACGGAACUAGAAGUUCUGUCCAAUGACCAUGGAUCUCAGUUGCCUCUAGUCUCGCAGAGGGCUGGUGCUGGUGCUGGUGCUGGUGCUGGUGCUGGUGCCGGUGCCGAAUCCCAGGCACUACGCAAUCUUCCUUGGGAUCUCAUCUCAUCCGGAUAUCGACUCUGGCAGCUCUUUUUCUCCCAUCGAGAUUACUUUUGGCGCCUUGGGCUUUGUGUUCCCGGCGGAGAUCCCACGGGCAAGGGCUGGUAG